AUGUACCGACGACGAAAGUCAAUAAGCCCCAUUAAAACUGGUCCAGAGCCCGCACUAAAAGAGUUAUUGAAAAACCUAGAAGAGGAGCAAAUUGAAAACUUGCGGAUAGCGAUUGCCUCACGUGGCGAACACCGAACAUCUUGUAUUUUGCAUAAACAAGAUAAUUGUGAUGCGGAUUUGGUCGAGUCCGCGCGUGUACUGGCAAUUCGCGCCUUUCGCUGGGAGAACAUCAAGCAUCAGCAGCCGCUGAUCCAGCUUCCUUGGUGCUACUGCCUCAAUUGCAUCAAUCCCUUCCACUUCGCUCUAGACUAUCGACUAUCUUACAAUGAAGAAGAUCAAGACGACUCCUCGCCCCACGAGAGUAGCACGCGCUUGCCCCCACUGCCUUCGCCAAUCACACCCUUCGAAGUAUCAGACUUUCUUCCCCAAGAUCCACGCGGGGACACGACUCAAUGGGGACUAUGUAUGUUUUGGGAAGAGAAAACACGCGUGGGUCCACCCGUAACACUAGAAAGCCGCUACUUCAAUCUAUUCGCGAACUCAAUGGACGAAAAUGGCUUGUGUGGCGAGUUUCCCUCCGGAAGCAGGCAAUUAUCCACACGUGAGAAAAUAAGCGGCGGACUAACGUUGUGGAAAUCGCUACAAUACAUUUGGAUUUACAACCGCGACAACGAUUGUGCCAUCUUUGUCCACUCGAGUCACUUUGGCGAGGGCCCUCUCAAGGUCUGCUCGGGCGCAUGUAUCCCAGUCCCAAUAGCUGCUCGUUGUUUGACCAUCUCGUUGAUAAAAGGCUGGGGACGCAAGUACCGCCGCCAAGAAGUGACCGAGUGCCCUGCCUGGCUAGAAAUAAUAAUCGACCCUUGA